AUGAAAGGUGCAAAGUUGUUAACGUGUGCUAAUCGCUGCAUAGCAGGGAAAACACCUCAACUACCCUUGCCUGUGCACAGCAGAUGGCUGGCCACGGAAGCGCGCCAGGCUCCCGCCGAGAAGCGAGGCGCGGCACGCCAGAGUGCGUCGUUUACACUAAACCUAUUCCGCGGCCACUUGGAGACCGCACAGGUGUUCCCCUACCCUGAACCCUUGGCCGAUGACCAGCGCCAAAUGCUGCAGGAGCUCGUACCACCCGUAGAAAAGUUCUUCCAAGAGGUAAACGAUCCCUCCAAGAACGACUCGAAUUCGAAAAUAGAAGACAACACAGUAGCGGGUCUGUGGGACCUGGGAGCGUUCGGUCUGCAAGUGCCGGCGGAGCACGGCGGGCUCGGUCUGUCCAACACGCAGUACGCGCGCCUCGUGGAGGUGGUGGGCGCGCACGACCUGGGCGUGGGCAUCACGCUUGGUGCGCACCAGUCCAUCGGCUUCAAGGGCAUUCUGCUGUUCGGCAACCCCGAGCAGAAGGCCAAGUACCUGCCGCGGGUCACCGGCGGGGAGUACGCUGCCUUCUGUCUUACCGAGCCCUCUUCUGGCUCCGACGCCGGGUCCAUCAAGUCCCGCGCCGUGCUGUCUCCCGACGGCAAGCACUUCAUCCUCAAUGGCUCCAAAAUCUGGAUCAGCAACGGAGGCAUCGCCGAAAUCAUGACUGUCUUUGCGCAGACACCCAUUGAGAAGGAUGGAAAGACUGUCGAUAAGGUGACGGCGUUCAUCGUGGAGCGAUCCUUCGGCGGAGUGUCGUCCGGCCCACCCGAGAACAAGAUGGGCAUCAAGUGCUCCAACACCACCGAGGUGUACUACGAGGACGUCAAGAUCCCCAUAGAGAACGUGCUGGGCGGCGUCGGCAACGGGUUCAAGGUGGCCAUGAACAUCCUCAACAACGGACGCUUCGGCAUGGCGGCCGCCCUCGCCGGCACACAGCGCUCGGCCCUGCGCCAGGCCGCCGAGCACGCCGCCACGCGCGUGCAGUUCGGGAAGAAACUCGCAGAGUUCGGCACCAUACAGGAGAAGCUGGCGCGCAUGGCCAUGCUGCAGUACACCACCGAGUCCCUGGCCUACAUGGUCAGCGGGAACAUGGACACGGGAGCCACGGACUACCAUCUCGAAGCCGCCAUCUCCAAGGUCUUCGCGUCGGACUCAGCAUGGACGGCAGUGGAUGAGGCUAUCCAGAUUCUGGGCGGUAUGGGAUUCAUGAAAGCCACCGGAUUGGAGCGAGUGCUGCGUGAUCUACGUAUUUUCCGCAUCUUCGAAGGCACCAACGACAUCUUGCGCCUGUUCGUGGCGUUGACUGGCAUCCAGUUCGCGGGCUCGCACCUGCAGGAGCUGCAGCGCGCCUUCAAGAAUCCCACGGCACAUCUGGGGCUCAUCUUUAGCGAGGCCGGGCGCCGCGCCGCAGGGGCCGUGGGCCUGGCGCGCGGGCCCGACCUGGCGCCCCACGUGGCGCCCGAGCUGAGGCCGCUGGCCGCCGAGCUGGGGCGCUGCGUGCUGGAGCACGGCCGCACGGUGGAGGCGGCGCUGGUGCGACACGGCCGCGGCAUCGUGGACGAGCAGUUCAUACUCAACCGCCUGGCCAGCUCCGCCAUCGACGCGUACACCGCGGCGGCCGUGAUGUCGCGCGCGUCUCGCGCCGCGCGCCUGCACCUUCCGUCGGCGCCGCACGAGCUAAAGCUGGCGGAGGCGUGGGCGGAGGAGGCGGUGACGCGUAUGCCGGCGUCACUGGCGGCGACGCGCGACAGCCGGUCGCUGCGCCAGUUCGCGCGGCUGGCGGAGCUGGGCGGCGCGGUGGCGGCGGCGGGCGGCCAGCCGACCCCCAACCCGCUCAAUCUGUGA